CUGAAAGCCGCAACACUUCGGUGUGAACAGGGAAGCGGGCGCGCGGCGCGGGGACCCGCCGGAAGAAGCAGCGGCGGCGGCAGCUUUAACGCGAGCCGGACGCAGACCGUCACAAACACCGGCGGCACGAGCGACACCGAGGCGGCCAGCGGGGCGGAGAGGGAGAGGGGGAGGAGGAGGAGGCACCUGCACCGCGACCGGUUCUCUCCAGCCCGCCUCCGUCGACUCGACGGAGAGGCACCGGAGAGCGCGCGGGGCUUCGCCCGCCAGGGAGCCCUCCGCCAGAAGAACGUGCACGAGGUGAAGAACCACAAGUUCAUCGCGCGCUUCUUCAAGCAGCCAACCUUCUGCAGCCACUGCACGGACUUCAUCUGGGGCUUUGGAAAGCAGGGAUUCCAGUGCCAAGUGUGCUGUUUUGUGGUCCACAAACGCUGUCAUGAAUUUGUCACUUUUUCCUGCCCGGGGGCCGACAAGGGACCAGCUUCAGAUGAUCCUCGAAGUAAACACAAGUUCAGGGUCCACAGUUACUCCAGUCCCACCUUCUGCGACCAUUGUGGCUCCCUCCUCUACGGGCUGAUACACCAGGGCAUGAAAUGCGACCAUUGUAUGAUGAACAUCCACAAGCGAUGUGUUGCCAAUGUCCCGAGCCUGUGUGGGACAGAUCACACAGAGAGGCGAGGACGCAUUCAAAUCUCCGCCCAGAUUGUUGCGCAAACUCUCACCGUCAGUAUCAAAGAGGCUAGGAACCUGGUGCCCAUGGACCCCAAUGGCCUGUCAGACCCUUAUGUCAAGCUCAAGCUGAUCCCAGAUCCCAAGAGUGAGAGCAAGCAGAAGACGAAGACCAUUAAAUGCUGCCUCAACCCCACCUGGAAUGAGACAUUCACAUUUAAACUCAAAGACACUGACAAGGACCGUCGUCUGUCUUUGGAGGUGUGGGACUGGGAUUUGACCAGCAGGAAUGAUUUCAUGGGAUCACUGUCCUUUGGAAUAUCUGAGCUACAGAAACUUGAGAUUGAUGGAUGGUUUAAGCUGCUUUCCCAAGAGGAAGGGGAGUACUUUAAUGUUCCCGUCCAGCCAGAUGGCGAAGAUGGUAAUGAGGAGCUACGACAAAAGUUUGAGAGGGCAAAAGUGGGUCCAGGGAAGCCCACCGACUCGUCUUCCUCUUCCUCCGUAUACAAAUAUGACAGCAAUGGCAAUCAGGAUCGCGUCAAGCUCUCAGACUUCAACUUCAUCAUGGUUCUGGGAAAAGGCAGCUUUGGCAAGGUGAUGCUGGCUGAGAGGAAAGGCACAGAUGAGCUGUACGCCAUUAAGAUCCUGAAGAAAGACGUGGUGAUCCAAGACGAUGAUGUGGAGUGCACCAUGGUGGAGAAGAGAGUCCUCGCUCUGUCUGGAAAACCCCCUUUCCUCACACAGCUGCAUUCAUGUUUCCAAACCAUGGAUCGGUUGUAUUUUGUCAUGGAGUAUAUAAAUGGAGGAGACCUCAUGUACCAAAUCCAACAGGUUGGCAAGUUCAAGGAGCCUCAUGCUGUGUUCUAUGCUGCAGAGAUUGCCAUUGGCCUCUUCUUCCUUCACUCCAAAGGAAUCGUGUACCGAGAUCUGAAGCUGGACAAUGUGAUGCUGGAUUCUGAAGGCCACAUAAAGAUUGCAGACUUUGGCAUGUGCAAAGAGAACAUGUUUGAUGGAAUUACCACCAAGACGUUUUGUGGAACACCAGACUACAUUGCUCCAGAGAUCAUAGCCUAUCAGCCUUAUGGGAAGUCCGUGGACUGGUGGGCCUUUGGAGUACUGCUUUAUGAAAUGCUUGCUGGGCAGCCACCUUUCGAUGGGGAGGAUGAAGAUGAGCUGUUCCAGUCAAUCAUGGAGCAUCAUGUCUCUUAUCCUAAAUCCAUGUCCAAAGAAGCUGUUGCUAUCUGCAAGGGGCUGAUGACCAAACACCCAGGUAAGCGUCUGGGAUGUGGCUCAGAGGGAGAGAGAGACAUCAAGGAGCACGCUUUCUUCCGCUACAUAGACUGGGAAAAACUGGAGAACAAAGAGGUCCAGCCUCCUUUCAAACCGAAAGCUAAAUCGCGCCAAGAUGUUGGCAACUUUGACAAAGAGUUUACAAAGAUGCCAGUGGAGCUGACACCAACAGACAAACUCUUCAUCAUGAACCUGGACCAGAAUGAGUUCCAAGGCUUCUCGUACACCAACCCGGAGUUUGUCAUACAGGUCUGA